AUGGGUCGUAUUCGAAAAAAUGAGAUUCCGUCUGUUACGUUAUCAGAAGUCGACUAUGAAAACUAUUGUAAAAAAUUUCCAAGUGACUUAAAACGCAGUUUAUCUUUUUCUAAUCAAGUGAAGCUUCAUGAUACACUAAGAGCUAUUAAAGAAUCAAAUAAAUUUACAGAAGAAUUUUUUACUGCCGCCCGAUGUUAUACCAAUGAACUUGAAUUAAAGAUAGCGAAAAAAGCAGAAUCUAAUCAAUCCUUAAUUGAGGAGUUAACAAAUUCCAUUCUAAGUUCUGAAGAAUGUAUUUCGAAUUCAAAUUCAAUAGCUAAUAACAUUUCAAAAGAUAAAAAUCCGAAAGAAUAUUUGUCGAAUCAAACAGCAGAUCACCAACAGCAGUCACAGUCGAUUUCAAGUUCGAAUAGUUUAAUCUUAUGUGAUAAUGAACCCCCUAUAAUAGUACUAGCAAAUAUUUGGAAUACAAAUAACUUAGAAGCGGAAAACACAGAUUUGAAAAUAAAAAAUGCUGCGCUAGAAUCCGAAAAUACCAACUUAAAGAUAGAGAAUGCUGCCCUCGAAUUGGCACUCGUAAACCAUAAAUUGUCUCAUAAAGAACUUGAAUCACAAAUUCAAGAAUCAAAAAAUAGGAUUCAGGUCCUCGAAACAGAAAAAGUGAAUCUUAAACUGUCACACAAAGAACUCGAAGCACAAAUUCAAGAAGCAAAAAAUAAGAUUCAAGACCUUGAAAUACAAAUUCAAGAAUCAAAAAAUAAGGUUCAGGACCUCGAAGCAAAACGUUCGGAGCUCCAAAAAAUACAUACGGAUCUCACUUUAAAGUACUCUUUUACACAAAAAGAUCUUGUCAAAUUACAACAUGAGAAGGUGGAAAAUGAAGAAGAAAUCAAAACAUUAAAAGUAGAAAUUAACAAAAUAAUCGCUGCUAGAAAUCAAAUUGAGAAUGAUCUGAAAGAUGAAAAG